UCAGGAGAAGUCAAAACUCCCGGAUGUAGUCCCUCGUGUUCGCUCGCCAUUUUAGUAGCCGUAGGUGCUCUUGAUCGGAAAUUUGAACAUGUCAGGCUUGGGAAGGUAUCCUCUGAACAUCCCCUCACUUUCGGAGGCUUUUUCCAACUUCCAGCAUGGAAUGUCAAAUUCUAACCAAAGACGCGAUCGACUGGAUUACGAUGACAGGCGCUUUAAUAGAGACCGUGAUCGAGAUUCGCGGCGAGACGAUGACUUUCGUCGGGACAGUGGUGGUUCGAGAGGAAGGUCUUCCCGCGACAGGUUUUCACCCGAACCUUCAUACUCCUCAUAUCUAGAUGACCAGCGACGGGGAAGUCAGUCAAAUCUUGUCAGUUAUCCUUUGGGACACCUGAACAACUCCAGGUCUAAUGACAGAGGCAAUAGCAGGAACGAUAGAAAUCGUAAUCAAAGCAGGGACCGCUAUCGCAACAACGAUAAUCGGUCGCAAGGCAACAGAGGCCCUUCUAAUCAGGGACCUGGAAUCCUGGGUGCUAAGCCUGGCGAUCGCUCAGUGCCAGAGCUGCCAUCAAAUCCCUUGCAAGGAUUGGGUGUGUCAGGAACAGGUGGCCUGGGGUCUGGUUUGACAGCGCAGUUAGCCCAACAACAACAGCAGCUUAUGGCAAUGGUGCAGACGCAGUCCUUACUAGCAGCCAUGCAGGCUCAGGCUAACGCAAAUGCUCAAGCACAAGUGCAGGCUCAAGCACGGGCUAAACAGGUCAUGCCCUCUCCUCUAGGAGGACUACUCCCCACACCUCUGAUACCAAGGACUGGUGGAAGAGACAUGCAGCGGCAAAAUCGCAAAAGGAGGAAUGAUGGAUGGGGUGGGGGAGGUAACUAUGGAAACAAAAGAGAGAGAUUUGAUCGCAACCGUGGGCAACAGGGUAACAACCGGUUUGGACAAAACCAACAGAACAGAGGUAGGCAAGGUGGAGGGGGAGCACAGAGCCAGCAGGCCAAGAAGGCAGUAACACCUGAUGUGAAGGAAACCACAAAGGAUGAAGAUGCAGAGGAAGAGAUUCAGGAGGAAGAGGAAGCAGAUAAAGAAGUAGAUGAGGACACAGAGGAGCCAGACGCAUCUCAAGAAGAUGACAAACAAGAUCAAGAGCAUGUUGAAAUAGCCCCUCCAGAAGAAAACAGUCAGCCAGAUCUUCCAAAGUCUGUCAAUUUCAUUGGAGAAGACGUCGAUUCUUUGAUGAUCUCUCUUUUUGACAGGAAAAGGUCCAAGUACAUUUGUCAAGAAUGCAAGAUCAUCUGUAACUUACCGAUAAGUUUUCACAAACAUCUCUUUGGUAAAAGACAUGCCAGGACUGUUUUGGAAAAUCAGGGAAAAGAGUUUGAUCCAAAUGAGUUCAAGAAUUUCACUCAGGGAAGUACACCUGCAGAGAAGUCCGAGCCGGAGGAUGCAGGAACUGGUGCUGAAUCGGAUGAAAGAGAGAAGGCCAGUGAUGCAGAUGUGUUCAGCCCAGCUACUGUACAGUCACCAGAUGUUGAAACAAAUCUAGACUUCGUCAAGUACACAUGUGAUACAAGAAAGACGGCUAUGAAAGAUGGCAAUAUCAUCACUAUCUCAUCAGUCACACAGGCACGAGUCAGGAUUGAUGGUUUUACAAGCGGGAGGAACAUGUUAGGUUGUGAGUUUGUCAAAGCAGUGUCGGGAUUUAACUGCCGCCUUUGCAAGACAUUUAUACGCUGUGGAAAUGAUGUGAUAAGUCAUAUUAAAGGCAAAAAACAUCAGAAGAAUUAUCAGACAUACGUCCAGGAGCACCCACAGUAUGAAGAACAUCAGUUAGCUCGAAAUAAAGAGUUAGAGGUAGUGUUGGAGCCGAAAGAAGGAGAGGAGGUGGUGUUAUAUGAAGUACUCGAUAAAGACAUCAAAGCAUCAGCUUCAAAGCAGAAAAUUCAUCGCAAGGACUCGCAAACUGAUGAACCAACAGAGGUACAGAUAACAAAGUUUGUGGUAGCACCCGAAGGCACUGAUGAGGCAGCCCAGAUGACGUGUGAAGCAGCUGAUUUAGAUGUAAGCAUGGAAAAUAUGGAACACUUGAAUGAUGACUCCCUUGUGACAGAGAGCGGUGAUGAACAGCGAGAUACAACCAUGACACCAGAGGAGGAGGAAGAACUUUUAUCUGACCAUGCAGAGCAGGCUGGCAUUGGAGAAUAUUCAGGAAAUGACGUAUCACUGUCAAUAAUGGCACCACAACUUGAUGAGACAGAAGAUUUCAUUCCACUGACAGUUAACGAACCUGUGAAGAGUGAAGAGCCAGAGGCACCAGAGGAGCCAAAGAUACCACUCUCCAUCACCCCCCAACUUGGCACCAGCGAGGACAACGAGAAAGAAGAGCUACAAGAAUCAGAGACACCAAGCAGUUCACAGGAAGAGAUAGAAGCUACACCUCCCAAAGAAAACACCCCGACUAGUGGUGGCAGACGAGGGAGGAAGAAUCAAACUAGGGGAGGAGCUGGCAGGGGAGGUGUAGCUCGGGGAAGAGGGCGAGGCCGAGGAUCAAGGAGGAGUGCAAGAAGUGCUGCAGGCCCAGGAAAAGCUAAAGUGAAAAAGGAGAAAGCAGAAGAGGAUGCCAACAAUGAUGAUUUGAACUUGAUGGAGGGCUUUGAGGUUAUAGAUGAGAUUGGUGAUGGAGAAGAUUAGAAACAAGGCCAUAGACUUAUGUGUAGACAUUGCUAAUAACUAGCACUCUUACCAUAAGGAUCCCUUUUUUGUGACAUUUCUAUUUUAUCUUGAAAGUCUUUGCUAGAGGGCAAAGUAUAGAAAUGUUUUAGCUGUUCUUUGGUUGUUUGGAUAAGUCAAACUUGUAAACAUUAUUAAAAUUAUGUAAAGGUUAGUUUUCAAGAAAGGGUAGCUCCUUUUUAAUAUACAAAUGAGUACUUAAUGAGUUCAUUUCUUCCUCUUUACAUUCUUCUCUUUGUAUAUUUAUUGUUUAACAUAAACAUGAUUGGUACAGUCCUGAACUGUUUUGUUGUGGUUUGUUUACGUUACCUCUGAACAUCCUUAGCCACAUCAGGCAUUUUUUAAACUCGUGAAUCCAUGUUAUUGGUUAAAUCAAAGUGCUCUAUGGCUUACUGUAACCUGUAAAUUUCACAGUGAAUACAAUGAGCAAAAUUAAUAAUAAUUUUUUGAUUCUCCAGACAUAAUGCCCACAGCAGAAAGGUUAUUUUAAAGACUGUCUACCAUUGUAGUAAUACAAUGUUGAAAGGUAAAAGCUAACCUUUAAACGACCUUUUUGUAGUGUCCUUAGCAGCAUGUACAUCACUGUUGCUUUAUGUGUGCCAGAUGAAAACUUUCCCGACCCACAAAAUAAUGAACCAGAAAUUUUAACACUCAAUCUUCUUUGCUCGCAAAUUGCCACUCGGGCGGGGAGAGAUGAAGGACAACUGUUUUUACAAGCUAACUUAAUUUUAGUUAUUUGAACUAACAGUUAGAAGCUGCCAUUGACACUUACCCUGAUUGACAAAUUAACUAGACAAUUUAGGAGCUAUUUAAUUUGAGUUAUUUGAGCUAACAGUAACAUUUUUAACGUAGCACUUACGUUGUCCUAGAGAUGUGCCUGCAAAACAGCCAAGUUGCAAAGAGUCAAUAGAUGAUCAACCAAUCCCUCGUUAGCAUAAUGUGAUCCAACCACUGCAACCCAUAACUUCCUUAUGCAAUUUUCACGGCUUUAGGGGUCACUGAGCUCGUUUUUGAGUUGUAAACACUCAAAGCUAAAAUUAUUAUUAAGGGUGUUUCUAAGAGUUGUUCUAAUGCUAUGAAGACCUGUUAUAUAAAUAGGUUCACCACAUCUUCUUUACCUUUAAUAUCAGAAAACAAAUGAAAAAUACACAGUUAACAUGAGCAA